AGCGACGUCGGCGACAACGUCAGCGACAUCUUUUCACCCCGUAUGUUUCCUGGGGGUCGACGAGUAGCUCUCCUCUAGGCCGCCACGGCCGCCCUCGGGACCGACCCCUGCCUUGUGCCCUGUAUUUUGCUCACCCUGCGAACGACGCGACGAUGGCUGACAGCGAGUUCGAGGAGUUCCGACAUUACUUCGAGAGGCUGCCCCAACAUCUGAAGACCCCGCUUUCCAACUACACGCUCGUACAUGAUGUGAUGAUCGAUGAUUCGCCAACAUCUUCGCAAGGAAGCGAUGAAGAAGUCGGCAGAUCCUGUGACGUCGUUACCGGCGACUCUGAGGAUGAGGAAGUUGUCGUUAUUCAUCGGCACGAUGAUCAAAGCGGACAUACCACUCCUGAUGACAGCGAGGAGCUGGACCAUCAUUGUUCAAUCAUAGCCGAUAGCGAUUUCAGGUUGGUAACAUCCCUGUUCGGUGGAUUGAGCAGCAGGGGUCGAUCAGUAGGCGGUGGCGGACCAGGACCGGGCGGGGGUGGCAAUACUGUAUCCGGUAACGGCGGUCGGGAUAGUGUCGUCAGCGAUGUCGGCGACUCGUGUUCCAGUUUGAGCUCCUGGCCUACGCCGGAGCACGUGCCGUCGAAUCGACCCGGAAGCGGCGGCACAGAGCGCAGACGUCGAAGAUUGCCGGAAAUUCCGAAAAACAAGAAAUCUACGCCCAUGUGCCAGACGUCCAUGCAGACAUCAUCUUCUCUGGCAGAUGAGUUGAGUGCUGCCACCGGCUCGACAUCGGCCCGGCCUCAUCUUAUCCUGAGGAAAUGUCACCCCAGACUUCGUCACGAGGACAGUUCGCCUGACAGCGAGAGAAUGGCCACCGACAGUGGUCAUUCCACCGCUCAUUCACCUGAAAACGGACCCAAAAGCGUAUCACCCAUACCUUGCAAUACACUGCAAAACACGGAUUCGGUAUCGCCUAGUAGUACUCCAGGAAGUGGAGGUGUACCGUUCACCCAACUGGAACUACUCGAGGCAACGCAUCGAGGUCUGCAUAAGUUCAUACCGCGGCAUCACGACGAAAUUGAUCUUGAAAUCGGAGAUCCUAUAUACGUGCAGAAGGAGGCCGACGACCUAUGGUGCGAAGGAGUAAAUUUGAGGACAGGCCGGCAAGGUAUCUUUCCGUCAGCUUACGCGGUCGACAUGGACUACAGUGACUUCGAUCCCACCGCGCCCAAAGUGAAGAGAGAAAGAUAUCUUCUGGGUUACCUGGGUUCGGUAGAGACCCUGGCGCAUAAGGGUACAGGGGUGGUUUGCCAGGCUGUACGGAGGAUCCUACGCAACUCAUUGCAGGAUCCGCCCGUCUCGCAAAGCUGCAUUUUGGAGGUAUCCGAUCAAGGUCUUCGAAUGGUCGAUAGAAGUAAACCAAGGAAAAGUCAGGGUCCUUGUCACGACUAUUUCUAUUCACUGAAAAAUGUAUCGUUCUGUGCGUUUCAUCCUCGCGAUCAUCGCUACCUCGGCUUCAUCACAAAGCAUCCUACUCUGCAGAGGUUCGCUUGCCACGUGUUCAUCGGUCAGGAAUCCACGAGACCAGUCGCCGAAGCUGUCGGACGCGCUUUUCAUCGGUUCUACACAAAAUUCAUCGAGACUGCUUUCCCAAUAGAGGACAUCUACAUUGAAUAAAUUGCUCUUGGCCUGACGUAUAACGGCUGUAGAGAAAAUGAUAAAUCUCACUUCUCCCUGCCCCUUGUACAUAUCGCCCGCUAAUUGUAGAUAUAAAAUAAUAAACGCGAAUCAAACACUCAAUUUAUACAUAUAUAUUGAACAUAUGUAUAUCUAUGUGUACUGAGCGUUUUUGGGAAGCGUCACGACGGAUUCAAUUUUCCAUUAUAGCAUACUCUGUUCCUAAACAAUUAUUUUCUAUUUUGUGCAUACGCGAUCCAAUAUGAUUCUACGCAUAUAUAAAAGAGAGCGAAAAGAAAUGACUUUCGAGAGAAUAAUAUUAGCCAAUUAUUUUGAGUUUUUACCAUAGGCAUUGUGUCGGUUGAAAUUAACACUAUUUUUAUACUAAAAGAUAUUUAAGUAUGUUCUUGUUUUUUUUUGCAUUAUAUUAUAAUUGUUGAAUGAGAUAUAUAGUGUUAUUAUUUUAUAAAAUUUUUUAUGAGCGUAAAAGUUUUUUUUUCCAGAUAUAAAAUUUUAUUGCUGGAACGAAACGAUACGGCAAAAUGAUACGAUCAUAAGAUUGACGAAUAAAGAGUAAUGAAUGAAGAAUAAUAUGUAUUGACGCUUUUUAACAGUUGAUAAAAAUUCAUCUAUAUUCAAUUGCCAAAAUUUAUUUCUGAUACUAUACUCUCGCAGUUAAAAGCAGAGCAACUUUUGCAAAUUAUUUUAAUUCACUUUUGAUGAAAGUUUGAUUAAAAAGUUCUUAUUUUUUGCUAUAUUUAUGCCUCAAAAAGUAUACAUCAAUUUUUAAAAUAAUAAAAAUAUUUAUAUUAAUAUUGCAAUAGAUACACAUAUAUAUUGAUACUUAAAAUAGAUUUUUUUAAAAUUUAAAUCGCAUUAAAGCGGUUUUGAUUAGUCAAAAGUGAACAUAAAGGAAUUAGAAAUUGUUUAAUUUUAGAUCGAAGAGCAGUUUUUGGCAAUUAAAUGGUUAAAUAUCACGGCCCAACGUAAUAGUCGCGUCAUGCCUGAAAAGAAGUUCGUUAAAUAUUCCUUAAUAAGCAAAAAUUUGAUAACUAAUAGUUAGAAUGCAAAUUAAUUCCUAAAACCCCAAUCCUACGACCAAGUUGAUUCGUUUAGUGAUAUACAUAUAGAAAAAGGGAGUGACGAUAGUAUUGGAUCACAUUCGGAGUUUUAGCGAAAAGAAAAUCGUAGCAGAGAUUAAACCAUUAAACGAUUUAUAAAAAAAAUGAUGCUUAACUCUUUUGGCGCGCAUCGGAUGUGCUUUUUGCUGAUGGCAAUCUUCAUCGUAGCAACGAAUAGUCGUCUAGAGUCUAGAACGAUCUCCAAUUGUACUCUUCUUAUUGUAAGAGGACAGCGGUCAAUGUGUAUAUGUGCGCGCCAUUAUUAGAAUUUCGUAUAUUUUUCUAUUUUUCUUUGCUCUCUGUAAAAUCAUCGAUUAUAAGUUUCAUUGUUAUGACGAUAAGGUUUUAAGUUUAUACUCUUGAAUCUCUUCCGGUCUCGUCCGAUUCUGCGAAAGACAACACUAUCGAAACGCACAUUGGCCUCUGUAUUGAAAAUAUUAUUAUGCUGUAUUGCAAUGUUUUUGCCGAAUAUUUAUACAGUAUAAACUAAAUUGCAAGUACCGUUUCGUUGCGGAUAAUGUGAAAUAAUAAAAAAAAAAAGUAGAAAUGAAAAGUAUGAUAUUACUUGUGCGUGCAAUUGACAUGAACAGUAUUAUUAUCAAUUGAUAUUAUUAUCGCUAUUAAUCUAUCUUUAUUCAGUUUAUUUUAUAAACCCUUUAUCAUUGCGCAUGCAAAACGCGUGUAUAUUGUCGGAUAAACUGCAUCCGUUGAUCAUAAACUUUUUGCAUCGAGAAGCAGUCAGUCAUCGAUUUAAUCGAUGAACACAAUUGUAUUUACAAAUUGUUUUUAAAUUAUCAAAUGAUUUAAUUUAAAAUAUGCAUGAAGCAAAGAACAAAGUAUUGGCAAAAAAUUCUUUAAAACAUUUUUUUAAAUAUCUAGUUAUUUUAAAAAAGCUUGUGAUAGAAAGAUUCAAUGUCGAAUUUUAUAUCGUUAAUAUGGUAUUUCGAUACUAGAGGAUUAAAACCAUAACAUUUUACGGUAAAAUAUCGCGAUUUCGUAAUUAAAACUUUCUGUAUACAAGAAUCUUAUUGAUUUAUAGACAUCUCGACAAUACAAAUUCUGCGCGUUGUUUUAUUUGGGAGUUAGUAUAUGUUGGAUAAGUAUAUGACUCUUAUACACGAUGAACAACCAUAUACACGUUCAACACAACACGCAUCAAUUAUACGGUAUAUUGAAUAAAAAUUAAGAGACAAUUUAUGAUGAUUAUUCAUUUUAGGAGACUCUCAUUGUAUCGCGAUAUGCAAAACAUUUACACGUGCCUUUUAUUAAAAUCGCCUCGAAAUGCCGUGCCUUUUCGAUUAUUUUCUCGUACAGUUAUACCACUGUUGCGUAGAAAUCCAUUAUUCUGACGACAUAGUGAUUCCUCUCAAAUCUGUUCAAGACACAUUAUCGAAUAGAAUAAUAGAGGUGCGUGAUACAAACGAGCGUUUUCAUUGAGUAAUAUAUAUCAUAUUUAUCAUCUUCUCGUUCAUUAAACAAUUAGAUCUGACAGCAAUAACAUAAACGUUUAAAAAUUUUGAUUGACUAAUUCUUUAUUCUUCUUAUCGUAAUAAAAGUCUGAAUCAAUCGAAGAAGUCACCUCGACAAUUGUACUACUUGUAUCUAAUGUGACGAGGUCUUUAUAAUUUUAUGUUUGUGAAGCGAUCGGUUCUGCAAUUAUUUUGCGAGUCUGUUAAUUUAAUAAAAAAAAAAAACAUAUUAAUAUCUUAUAUUAAUGUUUUUGAAAUGCACUAUCCUAUUUUUAGCACCAGAUAGAUUGUAAGCAAAGAUAAAAAGGUUAAAUAUAAAUCAAAUAAUAAAAAUCGAUACUCUUCCACAAUAUUCAUAUAAUACAUAUAUAUUUCUUCCAGAUGGUAGUAUUAUUUACAAAAAUGUUCCACCUUCUACGAAGUCUUAAUAAUUCAGUCUUGACACAAUAAUUAUACAUGUACAUAAUUUUCUCCCAACAUAUUAUAUUUCUUCAUUAAUUACAAUUACAUAUUUUUUUCUGAAUUUCUUUAUGUACUUGCAUUUCUCUUUCGCUAUAUAAUAAUAUUCAAUAACAGUUAGCCAAAUUUAUGCAAAUUUGACGUUAAGUCAUUAAUUUGUAUCGCUCACCAAAAAUGAAAAAUUUACCUGAUUAAGAAAAAUGGUAUUUUAUUUACAAAUUUGUUUUGCCAAACUUUAUCAUGCUUUGCGCCAUUAAUAAUUCCGGCGCCAAAUAAACAUCAGCACUUUUCUAAGCAACUUGACUGUAAACAUUUUUAUAAAUCUCUGCACGAUUUCUUUGACCAUUCGUAAUGUAUUCGUGUCUUCACACAUACAUUGAUUAUUACCUUAUAAUUUCUUGGUAAGGAAAUCAUCCACCUCC